AUGACUUAUGGAGCAUUACUUCCUUCUUUGCUCGCACAAAACCUGGUUCAAACAAUACCGCCUCCUCGCAUUCCAGACCCUCUCCCACGCUGGUACAGUCCUGACCUUCAUUGUGUUUAUCAUCUAGGGGCACCAGGUCAUGAUGUGGAACGUUGUUUUGCCCUCAAGAAGGAAGUCCAAAAACUGAUCAAUAGCAAAGAGUUAACUUUCACCGACCCUGAUCAUGUAGUCCAGAACAAUCCUCUGCCUCCCCAUGGGCCUGUUGUUAACAUGAUUCAAGACUGUCAGGAUGAGGCUUGCAUUCUCUACGCAUGUCAUAUCAAGACCCCUUUGGUACCAAUACAUGUGAAAAUGUGUGAAGCGGCUCUCUUCAGCCACGAUCACGAGGCUUGUGAUAUAUGUUCGGUGGAUCCCCGUGGUUGCAUGCAAGUCCAGAAUGACGUGCAGGGUCUCCUAGAUAGAAAGGAACUUGUGAUUACAAGAGAAGUCAAGAUCAAAACUGUCUGUGUUAUUACUCCGAUAUUUAGAGCCAUGAAGCCGCUUGUGGUUAACCCUAAUAGUGCAAGACCUACUGGGACUCCUUUGGUAAUCUGUGUGCCUAGGCCCGCGCCUCCUACUUCUCAGAAAGCCGUACCCUACAAGUAUGAAGGCACAAUUCUAGAACCCAGAAGUGAAACCACUUCAUCCUCUGAUGUGGACAAUAUUGCCGAGAGUAGUCGGAUUUUGAGAAGUGGCCGCAUCCUUCCUACUGUGGGUCAGAAAAGCACUAGUAUUCCAGUCGAAGAAACAGUAAAAGAACGGAGCACAUGUAAAGGUAAAGCUAGGGAGCAGCCCAAAGAAGUUGACUAUGAGGAUGCUGAUGAAAUCUUAAAGUUGAUCAAGAGGAGCGAAUAUAGGAUGGUGGACCAGUUGUUACAAACCCCUGCAAAGAUUUUCAUAAUGUCCCUGUUAUCAAGCUCUGGUGCUCAUGGGGAUGCCCCGAAGAAAGUACUAGACCAGGCUUUUGUGGAUUAUGAUGUGACUUUGGGUCAGUUCGAAAGUAUUGUGGGGAAUGUGACCGCGUGUAACAGUCUGAGCUUCAGUGAUGAAGACCUCCCGGCGGAGGGGAAGAAGCACAAUCAGGCAUUACCCAUCUCUGUACUUUGCAAAACAGACUCCUUAUCCAAUGUUCUGAUAGACACCGGCUCUGCUCUUAAUGUGAUGCCCAAAUCAACCCUCGACCAAUUGACAUAUUCCGAGGCUCUCUUGAGGCCCAGUAAAGUGACGGUGAGGGCAUUUGAUAGGACCAGAAGAUCAGUAUAUGGUGAGAUAGAUUUGUCAAUCUCAGUCGGCCCACAUGAGUUUCAGGUUACUUUUCAAGUCAUGGAGAUCCAGGCUUCUUUCAGCUGUUUACUUGGCAGACCAUGGAUUCAUGACGCUGGGGCAGUGACAUCCACUCUCCACCAGAAGCUUAAGUUUGAAAGUCAUGGGAAGCUAAUUAUUGUGAGUUGUGAGUCAGCCUUUUUGAUCAGCAAUAUAUCUGCGUUCUCCGUUAUUGGUGGUAAUAGUUCAGACGGGUUGUCAUUCCAAGGGUUCUCUGCUGAAGAAAGUGUAGGCAAGAUUGAGACUUGUAUGGCUUCGUUGAAAGACGCCCAGAGGGUAAUUCAGGAAGGCAAAACCGAAGGUUAG